AAGGCUCGUGGGGCGUCUGAAAGCAGAAGCACAGCGGGUUGACUGUCGUUGUGGCCUUUCAGAGGCCGCGCUGGCGCUUUGUUGUUAAAGAAGAGAGAGAGAGAAAAAAAUAAAUUACAUUUUCGACUUCAAGUGCAGAUGCUCAAGUGAAAACAGACGAAUACGCCAAACAUUUAAUGCCUCUUUCAUUACUGUUUGUUUUUUCUGUAUUUAAUGUGUUGAAGCAGGGUUAGAGAAUAGGAAAUGACUACCACCACGAACGUGAUCCAAGUGACAAACGUGUCUCCCAGCACCACUUCGGAGCAGAUGCGAACUUUGUUCGGAUUUCUCGGCAAAAUCGACGAGUUACAACUGUUUCCUCCAGAUGAUUCUCCCUUGCCAGUGACUUCACGUGUCUGUUUUGUAAAGUUCCAUGAGUCCGACUCAGUUGGAGUGUCCCAACAUUUGACAAACACAGUCUUCGUGGACAGAGCCUUGAUAGUGGUACCAUUUGCAGAAGGAGUAAUUCCUGAUGAGGCCAAAGCUUUGUCUUUGUUGGCGCCAGCCAAUGCUGUUGCAGGCCUUUUACCAGGAGGAGGUCUUCUUCCUACACCAAAUCCACUUGCAUCAAUUGGAGCUGUUCCAUUGGCUGCUCUUGGAGCUCCUACGCUUGACCCAACUCUUGCUGCCCUUGGGUUGCCAGCAUCAAAUAUAAAUUCUCAGUCCCUGGCAGCUGAUCAGCUUUUGAAACUUAUGACAACAGUGGAUCCCAAAUUGAAUCAUGUAGCUGCGGGACUGGUUACACCAUCACUGAAAGCUGAUGCUUCUAGCAAGGAGAUAGAGGAGGCUAUGAAGAGAGUGAGAGAAGCCCAGUCAUUAAUAUCUGCUGCCAUUGAGCCAGGUAAUAAAAAAGAUGAUAAAAGAAAGCAUUCAAGAUCGAGGUCAAGAUCAAGAAGAAGAAGGUCUCGCUCUCGCUCUAGACACAGACGUUCAAAGAGCAGAUCAAGACGAAGGUCUCAUUCUAAGUCAAGAAGCAGGAGGCGUUCUAAAAGUCCAAGACGUCGCCGGUCACAUUCUAGAGACCGAAGCAGACGUUCAAGGAGCAAGUCUAGGGACAGGAAGAAAGAAGAAAAAGAAAAAAAACGAUCUAAAACGCCACCAAAGAGCUACAGUACUGCUAGAAGAUCACGCAGUCUAAGCAGGGAAAGGAGGAGGAGGAGGAGUCGUAGCGCAUCCAGAUCUCCAAAAAAGUCACGAUCUCCAAAGCGGAAACUGUCCAGGUCACCUUCUCCUAGAAGACACAAGAAAGAAAAGAAGAAGGACAAAGAGAGGGAAAAAGACAGGGAACGAGAAAAGGACAGAGACAGAAGCAGAGAAGAGAGAGAGAGGUCAACCAGCAAAAAGAAAAAAAGUAAAGACAAGGAGAAAGAUCGAGAAAGAAAGUCUGAUGGUGAGAAAGGAGAUGUAAAGGCAGAGAUGACUAAUAAGAGAGAAUUAAAUGAGGUAACACGAGAUUACGAUGAAGAAGAACAAGGAUAUGACAGUGAAAAAGAGAAAAAAGAGGACAAAAAAGUUUCAGACUCUUCCUCUCCAAAGGUAAAGGAAACAUCUGAAGACAAAGUAAUGGGAGAUGCUGUAAGAGAAUCCAAAGUUAAUGGUGAUGAUCAUCAUGAAGAAGAUAUGGAUAUGAGUGACUGAAAGCGCACAGUUGCCUGUUAUUGCGGUGAACAGCAGUACCAUUCCUUUUUUUUUUAUUUUGGAAGAGUACCUGGUGCCUCUGAAUUUGCAGCUGGUGAAUAUCAGUCUUAACUGAAAAAUGUACAGUUCUUCAGAAAUCCUUCUGCUCCAGUCAUUAUUGUACAGCUCUGUGGAUAUGCCCUUUAGGUUUAUUUACUGCUCAUGCAAUUUAUGCAUGUUAAUAUUUAAAUAUAACUAAUCCCCUUAAAGAAUUUUAUUGGAAGGCAAGAUGGGGGAUAUGUCAUUGGCCCAAACUUCUUUUUUCCUAACAUCUCUCUCUGUUUCUUUCCUUCAUUACAAACAGUAAAUACCCGUCUCACCCAAUCUGUUCAAACAAAAAUUAAAUUAAAAAAAAAAAAAAUAAUAACCAGACAACAAUUUCUGUGCUUUAAGAGCAUGUA